AUUGGAGCAUCUCUGUACGCCAGUAAUAUUGGAAGUCUACAUUUUGUAGGAUUAGCCGGUUCUGCUGCCGCGGGUGGCAUUGGUGUUGGUAAUUAUGAACUCAAUGCAAUAUUUGUGGUGUUACUAUUGGGUUAUGUAUUUUUACCCGUUUAUAUUGCUUCCGGGGUGUUUACCAUGCCGGAAUAUCUACAUAGAAGAUUUGGUAGAGAUAGAAUGCAAGUUUGUCUAGCGGUAUUAGCUAUAUUAGUCUAUGUCUUUACCAAAAUAUCAGCUGAUUUAUAUUCGGGUGUAAUAUUUAUUGAACAGUCUCUAGGUUGGGAUAUGUACGGUGCCUUAUUACUUCUACUCAGUAUAGCUGCUCUUUUUACAAUAACUGGUGGGUUAACUGCUGUAAUUUGGACUGACUUUGCUCAGACUAUUAUUAUGUUAGUUGGUGCUUUUGUCCUCAUGGUCAUUGGAUUUAAUGAGGUAGGGGGUUUCCAUGCUAUGGUAGAGAAAUAUCCUCAAGCUAUUGCUAAUACAAGCUUUAAUCAUGAAAACUUCUCGUCCAACUAUUCUACCUCCAUCAAUAACUCUACAGCUGGUACAUGUGGAGCUCCCAGAGACGACUACAUGCAUCUACUACGAGAUCCUCGUACAGGUGAUCUCCCGUGGCCUGGGUUGUUUGGUGUGACCAUUAAUUCUAUAUGGUAUUGGUGCUCUGAUCAGGUGAUAGUACAGAGAACUCUGGCAGCUAAAAAUUACGACCAUGCUAAAGCUGGUGCAAUUUUAUGUGGUUUUAUCAAGUCAUUUGGUUUAUUUUUAUUGAUAUUUCCUGGUAUGAUAGCUAGGAUCCUGUUUACUGAUUCAGUUGGUUGUGCGGAUGCCGAGUCGUGUAUGGAAGUUUGUGGAAGUCCUUCAAGUUGUAGUAAUAUAGCUUAUCCAUUGUUAGUUAUACAUCUAUUACCAGCAGGUGCCCGUGGUAUGAUGUUAGCAGUAAUGUUAUCAGCACUAAUGACCUCUCUAACUUCUAUAUUUAACUCUAGUAGCACCAUAUUUGCAAUGGAUAUUUGGACCAAAGUUAGAAGGAAAUGUUCCGAACUGGAGAUUAUGAUUGUAGGCAGGGUAUUUGUAGUGGUGUUAGUGGUAAUCAGUGUUAUAUGGAUACCAGUGUUAAAAGCUAGCCAGGGAUCAGAUCUGUAUGUUUAUAUCCAAGAGGUGUCCAGCUUCUUACAGCCUCCUAUAUGUGCUGUAUUUUUACUCGGAAUAUUCUGGCCUAGACUGAAUGAACAGGGAGCAUUUUACGCCACACUAAUCGGUAUGGGUACAGGAUUGAUCAGAUUUAUAGUGGAAUAUUCGUAUCGAGUACCGGCCUGUGAUAGUGAUGAAAUAGACCACACCCCGUCCAUAAUCAAAAAUUUUCAUUACCUGUAUUUCUCAGCCUUUCUGUUCAUAUUAACCUCUAUCUGCGCUAUAGUCAUCAGUCUCAUUACUAAACCUAUUGAUAAACGAUGUGUAAGUAUGAGCAAGAUUUUGUGGUUUAUAAAAGACAGGGAUGUCGAAACUAUCAUGUCGACAUGA